AUGUCGCAGUCCCACGACCUCUUGCUCUACACGGCCAAGGUUUGCCCCUAUGCCCACCGCACCGAGCUCGCCCUGGAGGAGUCGGGCGCAAAGUACGACACUUUCCAAGUCGACCUGGCCAACAAGCCCGAGUGGUACGCCGAGAAAGUCAACAAGGCCUCCAAGGUGCCCACGCUCGUCGUCGACGACAAGAAGCCCGACCAGUUCAACCUGCCCGAGAGCAUGGUCAUUGUCGAGUUUGUCUCGGACCUCUUUGACCCCGUCUCGACCGGCAACACGAUCCACUCCAAGGACCCCAAGGUCCGUGCCGACUCGCGCUACAUUGUCGAGCGAUUCGCCCAACUCGUCGUGGGCUCCUACAUGAGCGCCGCGCUCAAGCAGGACGUCGUGGCGUUCAACGAGCUGGUCCAGGGCCUCAGGACGUUCAACGAGCUCAUCCUCGAGCGCUCCAGCCAGGGCCCCUUCAUCAAGGGCGACAAGUUCACCUUUGCCGACAUCGGCAUUGCCCCCAUCUUCGGCCGCAUCCUGACCGUUUCCAAGACCAACCUGUUCCCCUCGAGCGCCGACGCCGCGCCGAUCCACGAGCUGCUUGAGAAGGACGCCAGCCUCGCCCGCGUCAAGACGUGGUGGGAGGCCGUCAGCGCCCGCCCCAGCUGGCAGAAGACGUACGACGAGAAGCUCAUCGUCGACAUGUUUACCAAGAGGAUCCAGGGCGCCCAGCAGCAGGCCAAGUGA